UUUCAAAUUUCUCCAGUCCCCCGACUCCCCACCACUUAUGACUUGACAGUUGACACCUCGGAAAAGUUCAGUAAAGUUCACAUGUUCUAAAAACGAAGGCUCCAAAACCCGAGUUGGAACUUGCAAGUUACAAACUCUCUCUCUCUCUCUCUCUCUCUCUACUCGCUCUCUUCACGCACCCGCGAUUAAAGCACAAAAAAGAGCUUCAAAAUGCUUACAACUGAUGCAGAAUUCAAUCUCAGGGCCUCUACUCAGCCCGGAUUUGGCAUCGGGGAGUACACAUUUGCUGAUGGUGGGAACUUGGAGCAUUGUGCCAAAUAUCUGAACCAAACAUUGGUUACAUUUGGUUUCCCAGCCUCUCUUGAUCUGUUUGCUACUGAUCCUAUUUCUAUUGCGCGUACCUGCAAUUGCAUUUACUUUCUGAUUCAACAAAGACAACGGGAUAUUGAAUUUAGGGAGUCCUCAAAUGAACAGAGACAAAGGUCACUAUCUGACAUAUCAAGGUUAGAGGCCAAAGUCGAGAGGCUUGAAGUGCAGUUAGCAGCCAAAGAUCGUGAGUUGGCUACACUCACACGAAAUGAAGCGAAGGCCACUGCAGCUUAUAAGGCUCAAAUUGAAAAACUGCAGCAGGAACGGGAUGAAUUUCAAAGAAUGGUUAUUGGUAAUCAGCAAGUGCGAACUCAACAAAUUCAUGAAAUGAAGAAAAAAGAAAAGGAGUACAUAAAGUUGCAGGAGAGGUUGAACCAAGUUUUGAUGGAGAAAAAGAAGGAAUCCAGGUCUGGCAUGGAGAUAAUGAAUUUACUACAGAAGGAAGGGCGACAACGUGGGACAUGGAAUGGGAAGAAGGCAGACAGUGACUUCUAUAAGAUGAUUGUGGAUGCUUAUGAGGUGAAGAAGAAAGAGCUAAUGGCAGAAAAUGCGGACUUGAGGGCCUUACUACGUUCAAUGCAGAUGGAUAUGCGUGACUUUUUAAAUGCGCCAAAUGGGUUAUCCAAGCAAACUUUGGCUGUCAAUGAAAAAUCUGAUGUGGAUCCUCCGCGGUCUCCAUUGGGUGGUAGGACGGAUGUCUUUGACCUACCUUUUCAUAUGGCUAGAGAUCAAAUAGAAGUGAGUCUGCGAACUAAGAUGACCUCUAUAAAGGAGCGAAUGAUUCAACUGCAAGAUGCACAAAAAGAAGCAGAGGUUAUUUCUGAAGCGACUGAGAGAGAGCUUGAGCUUGAAGCUCAACUUGUUGAAGCUAGAAGCAUCAUCCAGGAACAAGAGAUUCCAGUGUGGAGAGAUAGGGAGGACCUCCUUCCCUUCUCCAUUAGGAGGGGAUUCAACUAUGGGAGACCCCAGUUGGAACUUAGGGGAUCAGAUGGAAGAGGAUCUGUAAGCCAAAAGGAUGGCUCUGGACCAACUCCUUCAUGUGGCUUGUUGCUCAUGGCAGACCUACUACUGGUGAGAAGCUGAAAUCUAAGUAAUGGU